AUGACAACAAAACGACGGGGAGCCGUCGCAGGGUCUCCAGAGGGACCAACAAAGGGCCAGAAACGGCGCAGGACCUCAACUUUUGUCCCCGAAACCGACGAAACUCCAGAGAAAACCACAGAAGCCGGCCUAGAAUUACUCGCGCAAAUCAAACAAGCUACUGAUAAACAUGGACAACUUGUUGCAACUGAAUUUCUUCAUCUUCCUAACCGGAAAGAGAACCCUCAUUAUUACCAAGCAAUUCGGCUUCCUAUUGCCUUAGAUAUAGUGGAGAGCAAACUGAGGAAGCACCAAUACCCUUGUUUGACUCCUGUGGAAAGCGACCUCCGCAGAAUGGUCAGCAAUGCCAAAUACUACAAUGAUAAGGGUUCAAUGAUUUUCUCGAACGCAGAGCGCAUACGGAAACUAGUCGCAAAUAAAAUGCCCACGAUAAACCCAGCAUAUAACGAUCCGAAUUACGCACCAUUCGCUACUCCUAUACCUGAAGAGGAUGGAGAUGAUGAAGAAAAUCCCCAGUCCCCUGAAGUCGGCAAUGUGGAGGAUGCUGGCGGCGAAGAAGAAAAGAAAUCCACAACCGAGACGCCUGCCCUGGAUCAGGAGGACGAGGCAAAUGAUAACGAAAUAUUCAACUUUGAGGGGGAAACCUUCGAAAGUGCCCAGGAAAAAAUAAUCGCGGGAAUGAUGCGACUGAAAGAUUCAGACGGCGAAGAAGUCUUUUUCCCUUUCCUCAGUAUGCCAGAUCGGAAUUUGUACAAGGAGUAUUAUGAAAUAAUCAAGCACCCCGUGUCCCUAAGAGCGAUCCUCAAACUCGUUCGAGGCACAGAUGGACGGAAGAAUUCUACGAAAGCCACCCCGUUUAAGACGUGGGACGCUUUCAAGGAAGAAGUAAGCUAUAUCUGGCGCAAUGCCAGGGAAUUUAAUGAAGAUGGGAGUGAAAUAGUCGCUCUUGCUGGCUCGCUGGAGGAAUAUUUCCUUCGACUCCUUGCAGAGGCACGAAAGAAGAUUCCUGAUCCUCCAUCCACCGCGAAUGGCGAUAGCACUGGUCCUCGUAUUAAACUUCGCAUGGGAACCACGAAAACUCCAGAGCCAGCACCGCAGAAACUGACUUUGCGACUUUCGGGGAAAAUUGCUGGCCAUUCGACAGUCAUGGAACAUGGUCAAGGUGGUGUUUCUAUAGAUACCGAAGCCCUACGUAGGCAGAAAGAGCACGUUAAGGCAAGUUCAAACGGUCUGGAUAUGCCAGAUCGACCAACACCUCCAAGGAGAAACCUAAGAGAUCGAUCUGGCUCUGGAACAAGGGCCGCAUCUAUUCGAAACACGCGCUCUCAGGACCAAGAGCAACAACGACACGUAGCAGGGGCAUCACCUGGUCGACCUUCUUCAGCCGUCAAGACUGAAGGCCCAGGGGUAUCGACUCCCAAUCUCAGAAGUUUGUCUAGUCAAGAAUCCAUGAAUCCGUCCCGCGAUGCUUCCGGCUCUGCUGAGCCACCGAAAAUAAUGGCCCCAUUUACGAGCGCCGUUCCCAUUCAGCCUAACAACGCACACGAGGUGUUGCAACCAGUCAGUUCCAGUUCACAUCCAUACCCGUCCCCGGCCCCAACGGCGUUUCCGAUGAACAUAAGAGCACCACAUCUUGGCAAAGCAUUGAAAUUAGGCCGUUUGAUAUCCAACGUCAGGUUAUUCAGCCAUCCAAACCUUGACCUGCGACAAUCAUUUCUUCUAGACAUCCCACCCUCAUCAGCACAGCUACAACAGUCAAUAACGAUCAACCUCCCGGCAAAAUCCCACAUUCUCUGCGUCUCUCCGACGAUUAUCCCAAGCUCACUACAACGAACGACGCAGCUCACCGUUACCAUCGGCAGCCAACUUCUGUCACCGAUGUUGUCACCGUCACGAACCAUGGACCCAACAGAACCCUAUUAUGAGGUCCGACUGGGUGUCGGCGUUACCAAGAUUGAUAUUGAAAUGUCCUCUUAUGCCACUCGAGGAGGAAGUGGGUUGAAAUCAUCACCCGGUCAAGAUGCCGAAUACGAGCGGUUGACGGUCUAUGCUAACCUGAUGAGAGCGUGA